CGCCAAUGAGUGGAGCACAAGAGCUGAUGCCCGUCCUAUUAAAACUGCCGAAGUCUUGGCCGUCUUUUCAGCGAGUGGUUUCAGUGUGUCCUAGCUGAGCCCAGGUUCUGGAGGUGAUCGCGUAGUUCCAGCCCUCCAAAAGAAGAAGAGGGAAAGCGAGACAGUAGCUCUUACUGUAGCACCAUACGGCGGUCUUAAGGGAACUGCAGUAGAGAGUAAGAUACGACUUACUGCUGGCUGGCAUGAAAGUCUCAUUUUAGGACCGUGGCGUGUGAAGUAGACUUCUAUCACAGUGAACAUUGGCUUCAGAAGAUUCUCAGUAUACUGCGAAGAGUCUCUGUGCAGCCUAAUGUGGAGUUUACUCCCUACUACCUCCGCUGGUGUAAUAAGUCCAGACUGAAGUCUUCCGUUAUGGCUACGUUGUGCCUGGGGCUUUUUCUGUUCCUGUUCCAUCCGGCGGUUGUGCCCCCCAGACCAGCUUUUGAUUUUAACCGCGAACUGGACUCCCAAUCCCCAAGCUACGUGUUCCAAAGUCAUAACAUCUUUCAACCUACUGGAUUUCCCAAUGGCACCACUCAGCGACUCCCCCAAACUGUUAUCAUCGGUGUGCGGAAAGGUGGUACCCGGGCGCUGCUGGAAAUGUUGAACCUCCAUCCGGAGGUCACCGCCGCCCAAAGUGAGAUUCACUUCUUCGACUGGGAAGGGAAUUACCAGAAGGGUCUCCAGUGGUAUAGCAGUCAAAUGCCAUUCUCCUACCCUAACCAGACCACGGUCGAAAAGACACCGGCCUAUUUCACUUCACCCAAAGUGCCUGAAAGAAUCUUCAACAUGAACCCAUCUAUUCGGCUCCUGCUGAUACUGCGGGAUCCGUCGGAGAGGGUUAUAUCGGACUACACUCAGAUAUUACACAACCGGAUGCAAAAGCACAAGCCGAUUAAACCGGUGGAGGAGUUGCUGAUUAGAGAUGGUCAGAUCAAUGUUGACUACAAGGCAAUUGACCGCAGCUUAUAUUAUAUCCAUAUGGAAAACUGGCUGAAAUAUUUCCCCCUCAGCCAAAUACACAUUGUGGACGGUGACAAGUUGAUCACAAACCCUUUUCCUGAAUUAGAAAAAGUGGAGAAAUUCCUGAGACUCUCCCCGCGGAUUAAUAUGUCCAAUUUUUACUUCAACAAAACGAAAGGAUUUUACUGCCUCCGAGAUGGUGAGAAGGAAAAGUGUUUGCACGAGUCGAAAGGGAGAACCCACCCGCAAGUAGAACCAGAUGUGCUCAAUAAAUUGCGCGCCUUCUUCAGUGAACCGAAUCAGAAGUUCUUCAACUUGGUUGGCAGGACAUUCGAUUGGCAUUGAAUUAGUGCGUGCACAGAUUCUUUUUCUAAAAUGAAUUAUAUAUAUAUAAUGUACAAAACUAUCCUGAAUGGUAAUUUAAGUGGGUUUCCGUAGAAUAAGUAAUUAUAAAUGUAAGUAUGUCGAUCUUCAUUCAGAGCUAGCUAUAUUUUUCUACAUUGUCCCGAGAAUGCUCCAGUUUCCGACUUUCGUUUUCCUAAUUGACUAACAGAACUCUAACAGAUAUAUCAAUGUGUUUAGUGGAAGUUGGGGUAAAGAUGAAGAAUUCAGGAUACUAUGAUCCGUGAAAAGAUGUAACGCUAUAUUCUCUGGUAUUUUAAGAGAAUGUAGGGUGAUCUUAGUGAUACAUGUAAGAUCUUUAAAGGGCAGGUCAGUGCAGAGGAGCAGGUGAAUCAUGAUCAUAUGAAUAAUAGGCCAGGCUUGAGAUUAGCCUGUUAUUCUUAUUUUCAUGGUGUGUAAUGUUACAAUAGCAUAUUUAUAAAUAUAUAUAUAUAGACCAUGUUUAUACUUUGCAAAUAUAUCUGUAUCCCCAAAGAGUGCAAUAUUUGAUUGAGUUAUGUUAUUCACAAAGUGUUGCACAAUUGCUGCUAUUGUCUGUGGCAUUAAGCACUUCCUAUAACUGGACAAGAACAUGUUCAGAUGGCAAGAGUGUGAUAAGUACACUAAUAAACUGAGAGCGCCAUUUAUAUAUUUGCUACUAAUCCCCACAAUGUUUCCAUUUUAUUUUAUUGUUAUUUAUUUUUUUGCAGGAAGGGGAAAUAUAUGAAGUUUUGUAUUUGAAUAUUCAUGUUAUCUUGUUUUUGUAUACUGUCAGUUUUUGUAAACUUCAGAAUUUUCUGCUAAUAUUGUAUUAACUAGAACUUAUGAUAUGAAAUAAAGCAGCAAUGUUUGUUACAUGGCUAUCUCAUAU